AUACGGUUAGCAGACUUGCAUAUACAACUAGCGGAUAGCUAUCGCGGAUCUGCUGCCCUAAGAAGUGCUUGGUUUGACGCAUUAGCCGAUCUUCAUACAGCCGAGAACUGGCAUGCAGAAGCCGCGGUUUGCCAUGCCCAUUCCCUAGCAAUCAUUGCCAAGGAACUGGCAGCAAGGGGUCUCUGCAAGAUUGACUGGACUGCGUUCGAGUGGAUCAGCUCAUCGGUUGUUAAGGAAGAAGGAGCCAUAGAGGUUGAUGGGAGCGUUCAGUCGGCUGGCUUCACACUGGAAAGUCUGGCAGCUAAAGUUGAAAAAACUGCGGGUGCGCUCACUUUGGCUGAGCGGUACGAAGCUAUCGGACCGAUGUAUCGCCUGAUCAUUCCUAUGUUGGAAAAGGCCGAGAACUUCAAGUCACUGGUCGGCGUGUAUGCUGAGCUACAACAAACUUACAGCCGUGCCGCUGAGGUGAAAGCUAGUGGGAAGAGACAUCUUGGUUCGUACUUUCGUGUGCGAUUCUUUGGUGAAUACCAUUCAAGAUUUGAACAUGGUACGGACUGGAUUUAUCGAGAAGCUGGUCUGGCAUCCCUCGCAGAAGUGUCGUUGAGGUUGCGCGAAUUCCAUAGGCAGUUGAUUGGCCAUGAUCGCAUACAAUUAUAUGUUUUCAACAGGCUUCAACUGUUACAGAUAGACACUACAUCUUUGGAUCCAUCGGUUGCCUAUAUAUGGGUCAAUCAUGUGGAACCUGCAGUUGCCGAAGGUCAUACGCUCAAGCAUUUUAAAACGCACACUAAUAUCAGGUACAUAUUUGGACUACAUAUCUAA